GGGUUUCCUUUAUUUUUCAUGGGGUUUUCUUGGUUUGCUUUCUUUUUUGUGGGAUUUUCAGGGUUAGAUCGAAAAAAUAGCAACUUUAGAUGCAUAAAAACAUAUUAAUUACAAGCAUUUUUGUGUGAGUGUGAUUUUGGGUGUUAUAUACUCAUUCCAAAAAUAGAAGUAGUUUGGUUCCAUAUCAAUGGCGAGAACAAAGAUAAAGAUCAAAAGAAUCGAUAACAUAACCGCACGGCAAGUGACUUUCUCAAAAAGAAGAAGAGGGCUUCUGAAGAAAGCCGAAGAACUCGCUGUUCUUUGUGAUGCGGAUGUUGCUCUCAUCAUCUUCUCAGCCACCGGAAAACUCUUUGAGUAUGCAAGUUCUAGCAUGCCCGAAAUGCUAGGAAGGUAUAAGCUUCAUUCCGAUAAGAGUCGCGAUAAAGUAGACGAGCCUUCUCUCAACCUGCAGCUAGUAGAAAAUGAUGAUGUGAGAUUGAGCAAAGAGAUCAAUGACAAGAAUGAUGAACUCAGCAGGCAAUUAAGUGGGCAGGACCUUCAGGGAUUAACCAUAGAUGAACUUGAAAAAUUGGAGAACUUACUCCAAGGAGGCUUAGACCGUGUUAUUAAAACCAAGGAUGAAAAAAUUGGUAACGAGAUAUUCAACCUCCAAAUGAAGGGUGCUAAGUUGAUGGAAGAAAACAAGCUACUCAAAGAACAAAUGACGAUACUUUCAAAUGGAAAGAAGCCACGAUCUAUGUGUACUGAUGCCGGUAACUUAACGAGUAACCCCGAAGAUCAAGGCCAGUCAUCGGAAUCGGUAACUACUAAUGUAUGCAGUUGCAAUAGUGGUCCUCCCCCUGAGGAUGAUGGCUCGAUUACUUCACUUAAACUCGGGUUGCCAUUUAACUAAUGUUGAAAAAGGCAAAGAUGAGUUGAUAUUCGUACCAAGGGCUUGAGCAUAUGAACGUCACACUCCCAUAUGUCGGGGAGUUUGUUUUUAUUCAUACCAUUUAUGAACAAUUUCUCAGUCUAUCACAGUUAUGUUCUCUAUCCAGACAUGUUUAAACCAAGAUAUACUUUUCGUUUAUUGCAGUAAGAAACAUAAUAUUAAUAUGUUGAGUUUUGGAUUA